AUAAAUAAUUUUCAUAUUAAUUUUGAAUUAUAAUUAUUAUUUCCCAAAUGUUUUCAUUAAAAAGUUUUAAGUUAAGUUUUUUAUUAUUUUCAGCAAUUUUGUAUACAAGAGUAGUUGAUUCCAAUUUAAAAAAAAAAUCAGAUCAGUUAGAUAAAUUACUAACAAAUCCGGGAUGGAAAAAUUUGAAUGAUGUGUACUGUAUAACAUAUUGUAAAAAAAAAUAUCAUCUUAAAAGUUUGAUUGAAGUACCAACAAGUUACAUUCUACGUGAUCCAAAAAUACGAGCCUUGGCUGUAUAUCUUGGAUGCACAUAUACAAAAGUUUUAAAAUGUCUCUCUUAUAUCAUUAGUAAUGUUCUACAAAAUUGUAAUCAAAAAUUUAAAGAAAAUGACAUAAAUAAUGGAUGCAUUUGCACCGAAGAACUCGUAUAUAUAAUAUCAAUGUUAUUUGUUCCAAUGGUAACAUUGAUGAAAGAUGCCAUGCAUACUAUAGAUUUGUUACACACCAAUCCAUGGGCAAGGUGUGAAAGACUAAACUACAUAGUAAUUCCUUUAUAUGGUAGAAUACAAAAUAUUCUUGACCGAUUAAGCAAACCAACUUUAUCACGUAACGAUAUAUAUACCUAUACUUGGACAUUAGAUAUAAUAAAUACAUUUUUCGAAAACAUAAUAAAUAGUGUAAUCGAUGACGCUGAACAACACUGUGAAUAUUAUCCUUAUGAUACGAAUUAUUUAUGGAAAGAAUGGGUUAAUGAUUAUAUUGACAUUGUUGUUGGCAAAGACGUUAAAUUAUCAUUUUUUAAAUUCGUAACCGAAAAAGCUAAGAAUUAUAUUAGUACAGUAAUAAUAGAAAAGUAUUUUCAACUGGGAUUUAAAUUUGAUCCAAUUACCGAAGAAACGUUUUUACCAACAGCAGAUGAACUAAAUGAAAUAGAUUUGGAAUGUAAAGCAACAAAAAAAGUGCUUCUAAUACCAAUGCAAAUAGAAAAUCAUUGAAUGUUGUAAUAAAAUUAUUAUAUCUUAAAUUUAUAUAUUAUAAUUUAUUUUAUUUUUAUUAAUAAUAGUUUUAAUAUUAUAAAUGUUAGUAAAAUGGUUAUUACCAAUUAUAACUCAGUAAAUAAAGCAGUAAUAAUUGUAUAUUUAAUAUUUUAUGAAUUUAUAGAUCUUCUAAUGAUAAUUUUGAUUUAGAAAAUUAUCUUGAUUAUAAUAAUGAUAAUUGUAUUAAUCAAAUUGUGCGAUGAAAUAUAAAUAUUGUCAUUACUUCUAAUUUGCUACUGUUAAUUAUUUAAAUAUUAUGUUACAAUUUAUUUUUUUUUGUCGUGUGUUCACACACUUGAGUAUAAAGAAAUUCUAAAACGCAUAUAGAUCAUAUUUUACAAUAAGUUCUAAUAUACUUGAAGCUGCUUUAUAUACAGUUUUAACAGAUCAUUAUACUAUAACACUUAUGAUUUAUUUACGUCCUUAUAACACCUAUAAUAAAGUCAAUAAUGUUGAAAUAGUAGCUAUUCAUGUGACAAAAAUUAUGUAAUCAUCUUAUUACUCAUAUCAUUGUGUAUUUAAAGCAAAUAUUGUAAAUUUUUAUCACAAUUAACUAAUAUGUCA